UUGUACGCUUUUUAUUAAAGUAUUUGAAUGAAUGAGAACAGGCAAGUUUAAGUCUGCUCGUUCUGUUAUAAUCUUAUUCCCCAAAGAGAUUAUAAUGUAUACCGUAUAUUGUAUUGAGUAGAUGCAUUUAUUGGUAGAUAUUUUUGGCGCUGUGUAAAGUAUACGAUUAUUAUAUAGGACUUAUUAUAUUAUACGUAGUUGUGGCCGUUUGCGAAUUAAGCAGAAACUUUUAACAUUUUAUUCCUUCGUUCACAAAUAAUUAACAGUCGGUGCAUUUUUGUGCCGAAAUGUUUGUACUGUUCUUGAGAAUUGCAUACGAGUUAUAGGCAUAGCAGAGCAUGGCUGCUUUCAAACAUAUACGUAAAUAACCUUUUACAGAAUGAAGACUAUUGCUAAUUAUUAAUGAGCCUUUUAUUAUUGUGAGGAAAUUAAUCAUUUAUUCUUUUAUAAAGAAAUCAAAACACAGAUUAACAUUUGUUAUACAUUUUAUUAGGUUAACAAAUUAAGCUUUUAUUUGCGUCAUUAGUUACUUUUAAACAAUGGCCUUCCCUUUAAUGCAUUCAGCAUUUUUGUCAAUAUCAUCGUUCCAGAAGUCCAGUAUUGUCAUAGCAAACAAUUUUAAAUAAUUACGACGCAUUUAUUAACCACCUUUUUAAGUCGGUUAAAUAUCUGCUCUUGCCAGGUGUGCAGUGUGCACUGAAGGCAUAACGUGUCUUGAAAUAAGUUCUUCCGAACGCAACGGCCCGUAAUGUAGUUUAUUGUACAAAGUGAUAGUUCUCUUAUGAUACUGAGUAUUUUUAUACAUUAUUUUUACAUUAUUUUUUUAACAAUUUUAUUGGUGAGUUUUGUACAUAACGUUGAAAGUUGUUGGAACCGGAGUCGCGGCUCCGGCUGGUUGGUUUUGGGUUGCGAUCAAUGGAAUGAUACGGUUAUGUUAUCAGCUACGCUUACGCUAGAAGGGACGUUAAUAAACGAAGUCAUCUCAUGUAUACGAUUAGUGUGUAAUGUUAACAACAUGUUAAUGUAGGUGUUUGCAUUUAUUGAACAAUUUAUUAUAAUACUCAUGUAUACGUUGUAGUUGUAAGGAUUUUUGUUUAGUGAGACCUUGCUUUUAUAUUUUUACAUUUUACAUUUUUUUUAUUUUAUUUUGAGUACUUAAUUUUACUACGUUAAAUGUUUUAUGCUUCGGCUGUACUUACACAAAGAUAUGUCACAAUAUCGGCGGCUGAGUUGUCGGUCUGUUUAUGUUGAUUGUCGAUAUAGUGUGAUGGGAGCGUUUGGGUCUCUUGCGAUAAUUUCCCUCGUACUUAUAGUAAACAUUGAAUACAACACCCUUACUAUAAAUGAAAAAUUAUCAGUAGAUCGAUAGCGCACAACGUGUUGAUUUAUUUUUAACUCAUACCUAUUCCAUUUUCAACACUUGGCACAUGAUAUAUAUGUAUGAAUAAGAAAUAAAGACUAUAUUGUUACUUAUUUAUAUAUUUUGGGACAAAUUUAUUCAAAUAUUCCAAGUAGGUCGUGCUAGCAACAAACGACGUUAACUUUUAUUUGGAUAUUGUAACGUUGCAUGGCGUUUUAUAUUUAUUGGUCAGUGUUCAAUGAACUACAGAUGAAAUUGUCGCAAGAAUCAUGAGCAUUGAACAGACAACAAGCCGCUGUAGUCAUGUUAACCGAAUCUAUAUGAUUACCAGUUUACAAAUAUUCUAUUACCACACGACAAAAUGUAUACGAUUAUAUUAUGAUUACGCAUAUGUUAAUCUCACAAGUAUUAUUUUUAAAGUAUUAUUUAAUUGUGAUAAGAUAUUUUAUUGCUAUAAUUAUGUUUAGUGUCGAAUGUAUUGGAAGUAAAGGUAGCUAUAACGGCAGUCGGUCUGAGAAUGUAUACGCUGUAGUGGAUACGAUAGUGGGGAUGCCCUCCUCGUGUAUAGGUACAAAGAAAUGAUUAUAUUGCGCUGAACUAAUAUUAGUUUUUCAUUUAUUCCCUAUUUUUGUGUUAUGUUGCAUGGUAGCGCAGUGACGUAGCCAACUGUGGUGCAGUUUGCACUCUACUUGUUGCACCAGUCAGUUGACACGGGUUAUGUGUGUUUAUAAAAGAGAACGUAUUACGUAAGCAGCCAGAAUUGUGCGUUUUAUUGUGGCAGCCAUCUAGAAAUGCUUCUCUAUGAAUUCGGCUACCUAGAUUUACAGUAAAGUAAAGAAGACCGAUACAAAUAAUAAUGUUUGUAAUAAUAUUUUUCAUUUCAAUCGCUGGUUCUACAUACGGUCGGCGCGCGGCGGCCUGCAUUUGGUUGCCGACGGUCACAUUUUCUAUGAAGACGGCGGUUCGCACCCGCGCCGCGUCACCUGGAGAUGCGCCAGGUCAUACCAAAAAGCCGAGCGGUGUCAAGUCGCAUUGUGCCUCAGGGAUGGUCGCGCCGGCGGUGUACGUGCCGUCGAGGACGGGGAAGUCGCUGCUGCUGCACGACGGGUACACCUUCUAUCUGAAGAACCUGCAGGCGCACGGGCGCAAGCAGUGGUAUUGCUCGUCGCGCGAUAUGGCCGGCUGCCGCGCCGACGUCAUCACCGCCCCGGCGCGCACCGGCAACGGCGACAUACUCUUCCUGGUGCGAGGAAGGCACAUCCACGGACCACCCAGCUAUUACUUCACACCAGACGGAAAGUACGUCAGGAAGAAGGACGUGUAUCACAGAUAUAGGUAGCGACGCUACAUCUAUAAAGUUUACUUUGCUAACGAUCAGCGCAUUACUAAAUCAUUGUUUAUUUUUCCUUUUUUUAUGUCUGACAAUCACGACUAUUUACGCUUUUAUUUUUUAAUUGUUUAUUUUUUUUAAUCGUUAUACUCAUGAACUAAAAAUUGUUAUAGAGUAAACUAAAAGUUCCUAAAACAUUGUAUGUAUAGUGAUUGAUUAAAUUUGCUGCGUUGGCACGCCUUUUUAUCGUUUGAAUGUACUUAAACGAGUACUUUAAGUUUUUAACGUUUAGGAUUAAUGUUAAAUGAAUUGUUAAAUACAAAUUCUGUACUUGAUAACAUGUAAGACUAAAAUAGAACGGACGAGUAUUCUGUAAUGAUGUAUUAAAGAGUAUGAAUGAAC